AUGUCUUCUUCCCAUGCAUACUUCCAGUUAAACAGGUUUCUCCGUCCUGCAUUUCGCCCACACAAAUUCUCUUAUUCCAGCGGUGCCGGACAUCCCCCGCACAUUCCUGUAAUGGUGGAUGAAGUUAUCGAUUUCCUCGCGCCGAAAUCAGGCCAAGUAUUUCUCGACAUGACCUUCGGGUGUGGGGGCCACUCUAGCGCGCUUCUCCACAAAUCUCCUGAAACUGUCGUCUUUUGUCUUGAUCGGGAUCCAUCUACAUUACCUUACAUGGACCAGCUUAAGUCAGUCUGCAGUAGUUUCUCUUGA